AGGCCGGGGAGCCGCGGUGGCGUGUGGCCGCUAGAGGGGGUGUGUUGGAAAGUAAAUGCCACACAGUAACCUCCUAAAUUGUCAAACACAGUAAUUGUUAAAGGGCUGGAGACUGAUCGCUCAGGAUUCGGCCGUGGAACGUUCCCGGGAGGGAAGCAUUGUGACGUCAGCGCACCUACUAAUCCUCCCAACUGAGGGGGAGCCUGGAGCCAUGAGGUCAUCGCAGCGGCCGGUGUAGCCAUCCCGGCGGCAGCAGCGGCAGGAGCAGCAGCGGGGGAGGGGAGAGCGGCGCGGAGCGGGCAGCGGGCCCGAGCGAGGCCGGCUGGGAGAUCGCAGCCGCGCUCCAGCUGCACCGAGGCGGGCGCCGAGCUCCGGCAAGCAUGGAGGAAGCUGAGGCGAAGGAGCUGCAGGUCGGCUCCUGGCUGCCGGUGCUGGUGGAGCAGAUGGUGAACGACACAUUGGUGGUCACCUUGAGCUGCGGGGAGAGGCGUUUCACUGGGAUCCUCCUAGACUGCACUAAAAAGUCUGGAUUGUUCUGUCUUCCAUCUUCGUUGCCGAAGCAAGAGGAGCCUCCUGCUAAUGCUUGCACUAACUGGAUCCCCAAAGGCAAAGAGACUGUGCCGGGUGAGAGUGAUUCACAGCCAUCUAGUGAAAAACCUCCCAAGAGCAACAAUGAUGAACAAGUACCUCCUCUUCUGCCACCUCCUCCACCAGGCAAUGUUCCUCCUUACCCUCCCUAUUUUGAGGGAGCUCCUUUUCCUCCUCCCUUAUGGUUAAGACAUACAUAUAAUCAAUGGGUUCCUCAACCACCUCCAAGGACUAUAAAGAGGACAAAAAGACGGUUGUCACGAAAUAGAGACCCGGGAAGGCUCAUUAUGAGCACUAUAAGACUGAGGCCAAGGCAAGUGCUCUGUGAAAAAUGUAAAAACACUCUGAACCCAGAGGAAGCUAACACAGCCAGGCAAAAUGCUAAAACGAGGAGGAAGCUAAGCAUUCAGGACAAGGAACAGAAAAAGCACAGUGAUUCGGAUUAUGUAGAGAAAAGGAACAAAAGAGAAAAGAGGGAGGAAGACAAAUUUUCCGGUGAAUUGGUGCAUCGAACUCCAGUUAUAAAAAUAUCCUACAGCACGCCACAAGGUAAAGGUGAAGUUGUGAAAAUUCCCUCCCGGGUUCACGGCUCAGUUAAACCAUUUUGCUCCCAGCGAAUAUUGCAGAAUGGAGGGGAGGACCAAGAGGAGACCAGAGACUCUGAACGAUGUCAGGAAACCAAAUGUUUUAUGGAUAAGUCGGCUAGUGGCCAACUUGCUUCCAUUCCAAAACUGAAGUUAACUAGGCCUGUGCAUUCCAAUGCAGAUGUUCCACCUCCAAAAAUCAGACUGAAACCCCACCGAAUAAACGAUGGUCAGAGCGUGUCAAUUUAUAAAGCAGAGCUUAUUGAUGAGAUCAGUCCUGCUGCAUUUUAUAAUGAGGAAUCUGCAGAUAGAAGUUUAGCUGAGAUGUCUUCAGGGAGUUCAGGUGAAGAUGAUGACUUUAAGAGAUUUCCCCAAGGUAAAGAUGGACGUGAUAACUUGGCUUUUCUUAUGAAUUAUCGUAAAAGGAAAGCAGAUUCUUCUAGUUUAUCAGUGUGUAGUAAUGACAGUCUAGACGAAUCCAAAUCUUCUAGUUCAGAAGUAACAUCACCAGAAAUGUGUGACUUUUUACCUGGUGAUGAUGCAUCUGUCUCUUCAUCUUCAAAAGAUGAGCGUAAAAUUGUGCCGCCCUUAACAGUUAGACUACAUACACAAAGUGUCUCUAAAUGCGUCACUGAAGAUGGAAGAACUGUUUCAGUGGGGGAUAUUGUUUGGGGUAAAAUUCAUGGUUUUCCAUGGUGGCCAGCUCGCGUUCUUGACAUAAACCUUAGCCAAAAGGAAAAUGGAGAACCUUCCUGGCGAGAAGCUAAAGUAUCAUGGUUUGGUUCUCCAACGACUUCAUUCUUAUCUGUUUCAAAACUCUCUCCUUUCUCUGAAUAUUUCAAACUGAGAUUUAAUCGUAAGAAGAAAGGGAUGUAUCGGAAAGCUAUUACAGAAGCUGCAAAGGCAGUAGAGCAUCUGACCCCAGAAAUAAGAGAUCUCUUAACACAAUUUGAAACAUAACUUUGCCUCCAGUACCAGAUGCAUCUGAUACUGCAAGGAUUAGGUUCAGAGAAAACUAGAGAAAUAGCAGCUUUCUGCAGCAUUUGCAUUUGCCUCUUGCUAUGCAGAUCUGUUAGUUCAGCUGCAGAUGCUGCUCAUUUGUUAGAAAUAUAAAUGGCCUCCUCAUGUUGGGAAGUUGUAUGAAUGUGCACUGCAGCUUUAGGAGGUGACCCAAGAAGGAAGAGGGAAGCAGAUUGAGUGCCUCUUGCUGCUUUAUGAUAUCUCCAACCCCCGCCCCCCCCCCCAAACCUUGACACUUAACCUUGGAAAUAGCAUUACUUCCUCUUCUGAUUGGAGAAUGCGUGAAAGGGCCUGAAGCUGAGCAGUCUAAAAGGGAAUUUUAGUCUUUGGUUAAAAAGUCAAAAUAAUGUAAAAGGGGAGCACUGAAUAAAGACUUAGGGGUGGGGACUGGAGUUUUGUUAAAGCAAAGGUCUCCUUACAUUUUCCCCCCAGCCAAACGAGGGAAGACUAGGGUUAAUAUCAGUUUUUGUCCCUGCCUAAGUGUGCAUUUCUGUUUGUUCUUUCUUUAUAGCCCUACCUAUGAGAGUGGCCUUUCAAAUGCUAAAUAAAGCAUGAAAAUUCACAAGCCUUUCCUCAGUCUUUUUUGAGGUCUCCUUCAGUGGAUCUCCAGUGUUUGUCUUAGGGAAAUAAAUUAAAGACAGAGUUCACUGCAAAAUACCAAAAAGCACUUUCAGAUUCCUCUUGCAAGAAUAGCUGCUGUUCAGCACAGUCACCUUUUAAGAACAGAAGAGACUUUCUAACUGUCUGUGGAGGGAUAAAGAACAAAAGACUCAAAACAAAACUGGGAAGUUGGUUAUAGAGCAACCUUUUCCAAUAAAAAAUGCCAGAAGUUACUUCUGUAUCUGAUGGCUUCAGACUUUUAAUAACUUGUUACAAAAGGUGUCACUUGCCCCCACCCUACAUACUGGUUUUGCAGAAGCCUUUUUCAAGGGGUAGAUGCAUGAAGUAUUUUAGGUUUUGGAAGGAUUGCCAUGUGAUGCUUCGCUAAUUUGAGUCAGCUGUUACUGCUACUAUUAACCUGCCAGUGGGUGAUGAACAGUUAAAAUUUGUAUCCGUGACCCAUUUUGUAGUCUGAAUCAGUGACCCUGAGUUGAGCCUUAAAGCUUAUUGUGGUAAAACUUCUACUGUCUUAGAACACCUGGGUGGUUUUUUUUGGUUUUGUUUUGUUUUUUUUUUUAAAGAAACAUGCAAGUGUUUUCACUUGCUGUUUUAAGUUCAUAUGUUAAAGCUGAAUGUUUAUUUUCAUCUUUGAAAUAUGCAGCAGCAUUCUGCCCUUCCUGAGGAAGUCUGGCCAUGAGCUAAGUUUAGGAUCUGUGCCCACUUACCCUUCCUCUGGGGCCAGAGGGCGAAUGGGGAGAAUUUGAUGAAGCUUGUUCUAGGAUGCUCUGGUAAAGCUUCAGGUCAUGAAUGUUACACAGUGCAGUGUGAAUGCUGGCAACCUGGCUACACCUGGGUAGGGAUUGCCACGUGGCUUGGUAAGCAGGAACUGCUUCCUUCUAUACCUGAUUGAUUAUUUAUUUAUUUAUUUAUUUAUCUAUCUCUCUCUUUCUCUCUUAAAUGUCUUCGGCUGUGACAUGCAUGUAAUGGUAGGUUUAGGGUGAGCAGGUAUAAGGCCUUUAUGCUGCUUUCCUUCUUGGCAUAGUCAUCCUUCCCCAGAAUGUGAUUUAGCUCACAAUAUAUGAUGAUUUUUUACUAUGGUCUGCCUCCUGACUUCAGCAAUAACAAAGCGCUCAGUAUAUCACUCCAGUGGCUUGAAUGAGCUUGUUUUGACACAUUUGAGUCUCACUAGUGAAUAUGCUACCUACUGUCUCUUCUUAUAUGCACCAAUGCAGUGUAGAGUACCAGAUCAGAUUCUGUCCCAAUAGUUGACCAGUUGCUUGGUGUGCAGUUACAUUAGUUUCCUUUUAUUGCAUCUAAUGAGGACCCAGUCUCUCCAGCAUAAUCUUUUUGUCCUCAGUCAAUCCUUGUGCGUUGGGCAGGAGGGGGAAUAGGCGCUUGGUUUGUAGGAAGAUUUCUGGACCUUUUUGUUAAGAGGUAUCUGUUCCUAGCUCACAGGUGACAUUUACAAAUUACUGACUUUGCCAGUGUUGUAGCUGUAUGACUUUGCUGCCUUAAGGCUGGAUCCUGUAACUGGAUCCACAUAAGUAGCCCAGAACACGGUCUAUGCAGAUGUGAUCACUGCACUGCUAAGCCUUAGCCCUGUAAGCAACUUGUGUCGGGUUCUAAUCUUCAGGUGUCAAUUGAACAGCCUCUCUAUGAAGUGGCACAAUAGUGUUUCCAAUUGUUGUGAUAUUUGAUGUUUUGCUUAAAACUCCAUCUCCUAAACUCAAGUGAUUUGGAUAAGGAUCUAUCCUCUUUUCUUUUAUUUUUAGAAAAUGUUGCAGCUUUUGUGACUUUUUCUCCCUUUUCUCCAGAAUAUGAAGAAGCCAAGAUUCCAAACUUUUAAAAAAAUUCUUUGGGGUAGCAAUAAUUAGCCCAUUUUGGAAAAUCAUGCUGUCUACCAUGGUAUUAAAUAUAGGCCAUGUACAGAGUUUCUCUGUUGAGAGGAGCCACACCACAGUCCUCCAGCAACCCAGGGUGCUUUGCUCCCAUCCACAUUCUCUCUUCCACACCCUCACUCCCUUCAGGAACAUGUCACUUGCUGGACUCUGCUGUUCCAGAUAAGCAUGAGGCAGAACAUGAUCCCCUCACAGUCCCUGCAGUGAGCUUCAAAGGGAUGCAGGCUGAGUCUGAGCAGUCUUGGUCAGCCAAUCGUGGCUGCUCUGUGCAGUGCUACCAUUUAUCUGCAGGCAGACCAAGGACAUCUGCAGAGCAUGUGUGUGCACAAGGCAUUCUCCCGCUCCCUACCCAAGGUGUGUAGCAUCAACACUUCAGGCUUUCCACUCUUCAGGGGCUCUGCAUUGAAACGUCUGUUCAGGCAUUUCUGUGUAUGACUUUUCUCCAGCAGGAGAACAAAUCCAAGAGAAUUUGCCCAUACUAUUUGAACGUGUGCGUGCAGCCUGUAGGUACAUUACUGCUAUUUGGUUACUUGGUCAGAGGCUGAAAAAUCUUUCUUUUCUGCUUUGUCUGCAUACAGUCAUGUCACUUGUGAGUUAGCAUUUGGAAUCCAUUCCUGAUGAAUUAAAUGAAGAAUGGUGAGCAACAGUCUCCUAAAACAAGAUGCUUGGCACUGACUUUCCUGGCUGGUCCCAGUUUGAGAUGGCUUAAGGGUAUGAAUUCCAGAAAGUGCUGACCUACUUGUGCUCUAAAGGAUGUCUUUGAGUGCUCAACUUGUGGCCCCUUAAACUUGCUAGUCACUGAAAAACCAUGAGCAUUUCAGGCCAAGAUAUACAUAUGUUUUACUUCUGUAUUUUCAUUUAGCUAUGAAAGCUAAUAUUUCUCUUUUGUGAAUUAGUGUGAGGAAUAAUAGUUUCCCUCUUAAGGCAUCAAUAUAACAUGGCACAGUAAAAUAGCUUCUGAGAAUAAUUCCUGACCAGUUUCGUUAUUUGUCUUUUCUUCUUAUAGAAGAUUUGUCCUAAGCAAGUUUUUAACACAGUCUACUAUAGCAAAGCAUUUACAAGCAAAACAAAUAGAAGACAAAAGUAGCAUAACUAAACUGGAGAGAGACAGGGGGUGAGAGAGGAAACUUCCUUGUGGUGACCUAAAAUCAGCAUCCCAAAUAUAAAAGGCUUGGUGAGCAGUAGUGUAACUAGACCAGGGCAACCACCCCAUGUGGUUGUUUGUGGGGGGGAAGAGAGGAGCUUGAAACAAGUGGCAGUUGUGAUUGGGGCAGCAACCAAAAGUUGCUGCUGUCCUUGUUCCCCAGGUUCCUGGCUGUGUCCCUACACCGCUGCUGGUGAGGUACAUCAUAGAAUUAAUUUUGCAACAGAAGUCUGUGUUGUAAGCAUGGCCCCUUUGUGUUUUGUUCACACAUACCUGCCUCCUCCUGCCCACUGCCAUAUUCCAAAUGUAUUCAAGCUGAGGUACAGCUUUUGUGAUGGAUCUAGUGCUCGACCAACAUGAUCUCCCAUUGUCUAAUCUUCGCCGAGGAAUAAUGUUUCUAGCUUCUACUGCCUGAGAAAUCUUUUACAAGAGUGACAGUGUCUGUCAUGGCAGUAAAAACAGUGUACCUUGGAGUCAAUAGGGGCUUGCCUACUGCUUCUUGGAACAGGAUGUUAUCUUGACUCCCCUUGGUAAUGCAACCUUUGUAGGUAGUGUAUAACUCGGGGUUUUUGUUUUGUUUUGGGUUUUUUGAUUGUUGGUGGUUUUGUGUUUUUUGUGUUUGUUUUUUACCCAAGUUUCAUACUAGACCUCAGCCCUCAAACACAGCUGAGAGCCUGGUGAAGAUGCUGAAUGUUAUCCUAGGCAUAAUGAUUGCAUGGGGGGGGGUGUAAAUGCAUCUAUCGCAUCCUUCUCAGUGUUCACCUCCAAGCUAAUGUGCAUCUGCCUGCUCACAUAUCAGAUCCCUGAACAGGUUGCAGGGCUUGCUGAUUGAUUGUAAAUGUAGCAGUAUUGCAUGUGUGUAGUACCUAUUAAUCCCAGUAGUAUUUAAACUAGACAUUUUGGAUUUUUGUCCAACAUUGUUAGGCUCAGAUUUACACACCUUUCCAGCAAUAUAAAUGCCAAAUCUAAUGGGGAUUAUAGGGACCACUAGGAACAACAGAGCUAGGCUCAACAUAAUCAAGGCAUGAGAUUUUUCUCCCCUAUUGUUACGUGAAACAUCUAGUUACGUGAAACACUUCUGCAGGUACGCACUGAGGCACAAAGUCAAGUGGCUUACCUGGGAUGUCACAAGUGAGGUUGCUGAGAUCUUGGGUUUCCUGACAAGGACUGCAAACUGGGGAAGGGGGAGAGUUUGGCCAAGAAAGUUAAAAAAAACAAAACAAAACAAAAAAAAAGGGGGGGGGGGGUGGGAUUGACCUGAAACAAUUUGUUUUUUGUUUUUUAAAAAAAAAGGGAAGCUUCACAUGAAGGUGUUUUAAUAAAACCAAGGGAACUUUAAAAUGAAGGGCUAGAGUCGCAAGGCACACUUGGGCCCUAGGAUUCUCACAAAAUGGAAGAGAUGGCUGUGAUUGCCCCAUCUGUGCUUCAUUGGGAGUAGUCUUGAACUUGACUCCCACCUCUGUAUCCUAACUACCAGGCCCUAAUAUGUGAGGAAGACAUCAUUGCACAAGUCCACUCAUGAAAUUAACCUUAAAAAGAAUGUCUCAAACUGUUCUGCUCAGCUGAAACCAUUUGCCAAAUUGAUCCUGAACAUGCAAAUAGUUUUAAUGAACCCCGGUCUGUAUAUUUUCAUGAAUAAGCUACUGAAAUGAAUUGUUCAGGCCCUAAUUUUGACUUCCAGUACAGUGCCCUAGCUGCUAAUCAUGCUGCUGUCCUGAAUCAGGUGAUGUAUCAUGUAUGUAUUUAUAGUUGAGUAAACCUUCAGGGACUGGGCAGUGUCCUGAAUAUCAGGUUAUUCAAACUAGCUUCAUUUUGAGGGAGUGCUAGACAGCUGAAGCAUCAAUGUAACUAGGUGAACUAUUUUGCUUUAUUUGUAUGAUAAAUCUUCUUGCACUAGUAGCAUGGGUUGCAUUUUCAAAACUGGUGAGUCUACUUUGAGGCAUGCUAAAUGUAGGUAUUUUUGCUCUUUGAAGAAAGUUCCUAAUUCAUUUUUGAGCCAUGCACUCCUGUAUUCAAGGUAAUUGCAUCUGCCACUAGGUAAUGGCACCAAAACUGUAGCUGAAUCUGAGCAGAAGCUAUAGGGUUUCACCACUUAGGGACAGAGAGUUCAUCAAAACUAUUGUAAAAGCCAGUUUGCAGUUUGGCCAGUAGUAUCAAAUUUCAGCUGCAAGAAAAAAAUCUGUGAUCUUCAUCUUGGAACAAUUUCUUUAAGCAACACCCUUGAACAGGCUGAAUUCUAAAAAGAGAACAGGGGAGGGGGCACAGUGUUUGCAGUCUUAUGUUGAAAGUAUCUCACAGUACAGUGUUUUGGUGUGUUGAACAUGGUGGCUUUUUAAAUAGUAAUUUUUCAACAGUUCAAAACACCAGAAACCCGUUUGGUUUGUAUGUGCUUAAUAUUCCCUAUUAUAUCAUGAAAUAAAUGGUGCUCAAUGAUAACUUCAGUUUGGAAAAUGGCUUCAGUUUAGCUUUGUUGUUUCCUUUUUAAAUAAACAAGUUUGCAAACAAAAUAAAUGCAAAUUAUGUUAGUUAUUCAUACUUGGUACAGCUGGGUGGGAUCAUCUGAAGCACCUAAGUUACUGACUUUGGUGCUUUUGAAAGUCCUACUUGCUGUCGCAUUUAACCUCUUUUUCUCUUUUCAAAC